CGGAAUUGCACUAUAGGUACAUCUGAAGAAAGGGAAGAAAGAGAAGAGCUGCUCAGCUAGUUUCCAAACAGAGAAACCAAAGACAGAGAUCACAAUAAUUAAUAUGGGGAGAGGCAAGAUUGUGAUCCGAAGGAUCGACAAUUCGACGAGCAGGCAAGUGACGUUUUCGAAGCGAAGAAAUGGGCUGUUGAAGAAGGCUAAGGAGCUUUCAAUUCUUUGCGAUGCUGAGGUUGGGUUGACCAUCUUCUCCAGCACUGGCAGGCUCUAUGAUUAUGCUAGCACUAGCAUGAAAUCAGUUAUUGAUCGCUAUAACAAGCUCAAGGAGGAACAUCAUCAACUGUUGAAUCCCGCUUCUGAAGUCAAGUUCUGGCAAAGGGAGGCAGCAAGCUUGAGGCAACAGUUGCAGUACUUGCAAGAAUCCCACAGGCAAUUAAUGGGAGAAGAAUUGUCUGGAUUGAGCGCAAAAGAUCUGCAGAACCUGGAGAGCAAACUGGACAUGAGUUUGAAAGGUGUCCGGUUGAAGAAGGAGCAGAUAUUGAAUGAAGAAAUAAAAUACCUGAACCAGAAGAGAAAUCUCAUACAUCAAGAGAACAUAGAACUCUAUAAGAAGCUGGACUUGAUAGGCAAAGAGAACGCUAACCUCCAAAGAAAGGCCUAUGGAACAAGGGAUGUGGCUGAAGAAAACAAAGCCUCUGAACCUCAUUUUACCAUUACUAAUGAAUUUCAGUUGCAUGCACCCAUCCAUCUCCAGCUAAGCCAACCACAGAAUCAUACUGAGCCUCAGAACAAUCUACCAGCAAAUGCAAUCAAAUUAGGAUUGCAACUACAUUAGCGGCCGGGGUUGUUUCAAUGCUGCGGAUUGCAAUCCAUCAUUCUACUGUCAACUCCACUCAAGUUAAAAUCUAUCUUCAAGGACUGAUGAGAUGGCAUACUUUCAUAUGAAAUGUUCAUGAAGCAAAGCUUAGUUUGAAUUUCUGUACAAGAGAUAAAGCAUGUACGUAGAAUGUACGUUUGUGUAAUAAUUGGGAGAAAUAAUGUGUUAUUUUUUCUGUAUUAAUUAAGGAUGUGCAGUGGUCAAAUGUUGUAUCUGUAUCACUAUUCAUGAAUAAUAAAGACCUA